AUGAAUUUACAAGGACAAAAACGUGGUUUAUCUCAAAACAAGAUAAAUAACUAUCAUUAUUUAAAUGGGAAAAGAAAUACAACAGUAAGAUCAACAUCGACAUCAACAAUUAAUGCAGCAACAGAAGGUAUCAUGCCCAACAAAACAGUUAUAAAUAACAACUAUACUGUAGUUAGUGAGGUAAUGAAUCAGGAUGAUAAUUGUUUUAAGCCUUUAAGUAGUAUUUCAAAGUCGAUGGGAUUUUCUCCCUCCAUCCCAACAAAGAUAAAAUAUCACAUGGAAGAAGACGAAAAUAAUAAGUCAUCAUUGGGGUUAUUUCAACAAAUAUCAAACGCGAAUUUAAAUCGUUCUCAUAAUAUGCAUCUCAUAAAACAAAAUGAAGCAGCUUCUGGUGCGGUUAAUUUGACUUUGGGGAAUAGUUUGAACAAUAACUCAAAUAUUUCCAAUGAUUUUAAGGAAAAGACACAAUUAUCUGGAUUAAAUAUUAAUCAUUGUAAUAGCGGAAUAUCGUCUAAUAACAAUAAUGAUUCUAAAAAAAAGAGAUCACGAGUAAUUUACUGUCAUGUUUGUUGCCAAUAUAAACCAAGAUCAACCAGAGCUAGAUUUCAGGUAUGUCAGCAUAUUGCAUGCUAUGAUUGUGUCAGACUUGCAUUAAUGAUUCAACAAAGAUACAACGUAAAAGCUCAUUGUCCUUUUUGUCAAAUCGAAUUAGACUGGAAUAAGGUUAAGCCUUUUAUUGUCUUAUUUAAACCAAAACCUGAAGUUAAUAUUGUUGAUGAGGGGAGCAAGACAACAUUAGAUUCACAAGGAAUGAAUGUGGGAAGUUGUACCAAUAAUUCUCUUGGAGUUACUAAUAAUAAUAAUAAUAUACAAAAUUCUGUUAUUAACGUUGGAAAGCAUGAAUCAAAUAAUAAUAUCAAUUCUCAGAUAAUUUCAAAUGACUUAAUUGCUCAGGCUUUUGAAUGCAAUGGAGUCUCAAAGGAAAAAAUACUAAGGGGAUUCUUUUCAUGUUAUUUGCAAAAACAGAUGCAGAUAAGAAGUAGUGGGUGUAUUCUCCAAAAUAAUAAAAAUAAUAAUACUGGCAUUUCUCAAAAUAUGUAUGACUCUAAUGAAUUCCAAAAUGUAUGUACAAGCUUUUCAGGCAUUCUUGACCCAUAUAAACCCAGUUCAGUCUACUAUGGAGGAGAAAAUAAUAAUAAACAGUAUAUUUCCCUUCAGAAUUUUGCAGAUCAAAAUAAUCUAGUAUUUCCUAAUUUACCAAAUUCUUCGGAGUCAUCAUGUGGUGAAUUUUUGCCUGAUGUGGUGUUGGCGCCUAUUGGAGAAGCAUUACCAUUAGUCAAUUGCAUGCACCCGACGGUAACCGCCAAAAAAUUUAAUCCUUGCAUGUAUGGGGGCAGCUUUAGGCCAACAAUCUCUAACAAUGGUGGCAGUAAUAAUAUCACUGGCCAUAAUACAAAUAUAAGUAAUAUAAAUGUUCAUAUAGGUAAUAGCCAUAAUAAUAAUAACAGUAAUUGUAAUAGUAGUAGUAAUAGUAGUAUUAGUAGUAAUAGUAGUAAUAGCAGUAUCAGCAGUAUUGAAAGUAAUAUAAAUAACCACAACAACAAUAAUACAAUGAGGAACAGCAAAUUUAGCAUAAACAGUAUUGGAGGAGUCAAGGCAGUUGUUCAUGGAGUUAGCUGUAAUUGUUCAAGUUGUUUACAGCAGGGAGGGAGAACAGGAAUAGUAUCAUCAAUGGGUUUGAGAAUAAUUCCACCAGGAGGCAUAUUGAGUAAGAUAUAUGAUGAGAAUAAUCCUCGUGGAUUUGCAUGCGGUUUGUUUAAUCCAUCAAUUCCAACGGAUGGUGUGGUACUGAUGCAGCAAGGUAAGUCAAAUAAAAAUCAGCAUAUUCAUUUUGAACUUCAGAAACAAUUUAUAGCUGAUAAUUUGGAUAAUUACUCCAUAAAUAAUAUUGAUGGAGGUAUUAUUAGUAUUAAUAAUAACACUAAUAAUAAUAAUAAUAAUAAUAAUAAUAAUAUUAACAGUAAUAAUAGUACUGGCAAUAACAUCUGUACUGGUAUGAAUACUAGUAACAGUAAUAAUAAUCAAUAUGGCCAGCAAAAUAAUUAUAUUCAAAGCCAAAAUCAUACCCAGAUGUCAUGUUUGAUUUAUGGCCACAGUUGCGGUGGUUCAAGCACUAAUACAAGUAUCAACGUCGGAAAUCCUUUAUUAAAUUGUGAGGAUGCAAUUUCAAAUUCAAUAACAUCAUAUGGAGUAUAUAACGACGAAAAUAUUCGUUCAAGUACUGGAGUACCGGAAAUACUCGGAUUUUUUGAAACAAAUGAAGACAAACAGAUGCCUAGUUGGAUGAUUACAACUCCUUGUUUGAAUAUGAAGGAUAUAUUGAGUGAUUGGAGAAAUUCAACAUUAUUGAAGAGUCACUCUGAUAUGGUGAUAUGCUCUAUUUAG